CACAUCACAUCUUCAACAAUGACUCAGACAAAGAUUCCCCAGACCGUCCAGCAGUGGAACGUCACCGCCCAGGAUGGCAAGGAUGGCUUCAACGCCCUCCAGCUCUCUGAGCAGCCUCUGGCUGAACUCGGCGACAGCCAGGUCUUGGUCAAGAUCCAGGGCGCGUCCCUCAACUACCGUGACCUCAUCAUCCCGCUCGGCCGAUAUCCCUUCCCGGCUGUCCCCAACGUCAUUCCCGGCUCUGACGGCGCCGGUACCGUCCUGGCCGUCGGCAAGAAUGUGACGCGCUUCAAGCCCGGCGACAAGGUCGUCACUCUCUUCAACCAGGGACACAUUGGCGGCUCUCUCGAUGGCCUCUCCAUCCAAACUGGCCUGGGUGGCGCUGUCCACGGCACGCUCCGCACCGUCGGCGCCUUUGACGAGCAGGGUCUCGUACCCAUGCCCUCCAACCUCGAGUUCCACGAGGCCGCGACCCUCACCUGCGCCGGUCUCACCGCGUGGAACGCCCUCUUCGGUGUUACCGACAAGAAGGUGCAGCCCGGCCAGUGGGUGCUCACCCAGGGCACCGGUGGCGUGAGUAUCUUUGCUGUGCAGUUCGCCAAGGCCGCCGGCGCAAAGGUUAUCGCGACCACGAGCUCAGACGAAAAGGCGGAGCUCCUCAAGAAGCUCGGCGCCGACCACAUCAUCAACUACCGCGACACUCCGGAAUGGGGCGCCAAGGCCAAGGAGCUGACUGGCGGUGUCGGUGUCGAUCACGUCGUCGAGGUUGCUGGUCCCGUUUCGAUGAAGCAGUCGCUCAACAGCAUCAAGAUUGACGGCGUCAUCACCAUCAUCGGCUUUGUCGGCGGUACCGACAAGGAGCAGCCUGGAUUCCUCGACAACCUCACCCACCUCUGCACCACCCGCGGUAUCUUGGUCGGCAGCCGGGUUCAGAUGGAGGACAUGUGCCGCGCUGUCGAGGCCAACCCAGAGAAGCUCCGACCUGUCGUGGAUCCCAAGAUCUUCACCCUGGGCCAGCUCAAGGAGGCGUAUGAGUACCAGUGGUCGGGCAAGCACCAGGGCAAGGUCUGCAUCAAGAUUGAGUAA